AGUUUAAAGAAGCUAUGUUGACUAACCUUCAGGCAACAGUUGUAUUUGUAGUGGUCAAUGGGAGGCAACCCAGACACUUCGUCACUCUGUGUUUGAGUUAUCUCCCAUUGGAAGACAAGGCUAUUUGUCGUCGUAAAUGUUGCGAGAUUGAUUGGUCUGUACACUUCGAAGCAAAUUAAUCUGACUAUGGUAUUUUAGUUCAAGAUUUUCAGAACUUGAUGUUUUUUUCUGCAAGUUUGUAUGCAAAUUCUCUCCAUAUAGAUCAAUUAGGCCUACCUGAGAUUGUCUAUGUGAAUCCCAGACCCCAGGAUCAUGAAAAUUUCAUAUUACUUCAAAAUUGUUAUUUAUGAUUCAACAAUGUCAAAAUAUUGCUUGGCAUCGUAAAUCCUGGGUAAGGUGUUGUACAACAAAUUUCAGCUUAAAUAAUGGAAAGGAACAUACCAAGUUUAAUAAUUAAAGUUUUGACUUACCAGUAACAAGAGGUUUAAGAUUGCUUUUUAACCCCGGGGCCAGAUCGCACUUUUUUUUCAUAUUGUGUACCUGAAAAUAUAGUAAAGAUUAAUUCACGAAAACACUAGUUAUUUCCCCCAAGGCAGCGUCUUCCUUGGUUUGAUUUCUUCUGUCGUAUUAUUUCAGUCAAGAGAAGUUUUAAGAUUGGGGUACGCCUAUAUGUAUAAAAUUCAUGUUUUUUUUUUCGUCUUGUGUUUUUCUUUGUAUGAACAAAACCAUGCACACAUAUCGGAUAGAAAAUUAAUGACUUAUGAGGAAAGGAAAAGAUUUAUUAUUAAUAAACUACCACAUAAAGUGUUCAGAUAACACAAACAUAACACCAACUGUUUUAAAAGAAUUGUCCAUAAAUCCGCUUGUGUACGUAAUCUGGCCAUUUCAGGUCACUGCUUUUGUAUGAGCCAUUUGUGACAACACAGAGACGGCUAGGGUCUGUCGCCCCUGAUAGAAAUCGAUUUCCAGACGAGGUAGGAGCGAUUGUCUCUUCAUAAAAACGAACCGACAAGAUUAAAUGUCUUUUUAACCCCAAAAGUCACGUGUUUGCAUUUUCACAAAGCCAUAACAAUCCGCUGGGAUCGUACUGGAGAUUGGGAUAUCGUACUACCAGGGUAAAAUAUUGCUUCCCGGAAAAGCGUGUGCGAGUGUUCCCGUCGACACGCACCUAGAACACCAGGAAAUGCACAAUUGGCGCGAUUAACAAGAUGAUAAUGUGAAUAUUCAUAGAGUGCGCUCUUCCGUUUACCGUGUUGCCCAGCCUAUGCAAAAAUCACAGCCGAGGCUAUCGAAAGCUCGAAAAAUUAUGUUGAGUUGUUUGAGUGGAAAUUUUGUUCACAUGGUAAAUCCAGAAAUUUUUGUUCACUCUUGUAUGAAUUUUAGUAGCUUUUUGUCAAGCAGUCAUUUGUAAGUAGCAAAACCUUGCCUGGCGUGUCGAUUGUUAUUCUCAACUAGGCACAUGGAACAGCUUCAAAGAUGGCGGCAAUGUGUGAUCAUCUGGACACCGGCUGCGCAAGAUAAAACCUACAUUUUUGGGUUGUUUCUGUCUCUGAUAUUACCCUUGUGCUGGUUGGGGGAUAACUAAAUAGAGCAGUACCUUAAGUGGAGAGAUGGAGAAAGCAGAGGAGAAGAAAUCAGGGGAGGGAACCUCUACAAAGACAAGAACUAAAAGAGUGUACAAUGUUGAGCCAAGGACACCCCUCAAGAGACAGCGUAUCCCUGUUCAGAGGUUCCAGUCGCCAGCGGUGGAGGAGACCACACCCAAAUCCAAGAACUCCAAUGAGGAUAGAGUUCUGUUGUUUAAAAAGGGAAAUUUCUUAAGUGUCAGAAAUGAAAAAGAGAGUUUUUUCUUAUGCAAGGCCAUUCAGAAUGUGUACAAGACCUCGCGUAACUUCAAGGUGCAGUGGUUGUCACUGGAACAAAACCCUAACAUCUACAAGCUGGACUACUUUGAUCACACUGAGCUGGAAUGUGUCCUGUCAAAUGUGCGCAUGGAGCGCAUCGCCAAGGACACUUACCGUCUGCCUCACAGUGAGCAGACGCGUGCGGAGGGCAUCCUGAAGAAGGCUCUCAAUGUGGAGAAAGGCCUGCCCAUAGACGAUGGAGUUGAGGAAGUGGAGGAAGUCCAUGAAGAAGAUGAAGAAGAGGCUGAGGAGGAGAAAGAUGAACCUGAAGAACCGCCAAAAGCGAAGAAGUCACGAAUGGACUCGCCAAAACGAGCUAAGCAGUCUUCAGCUAAAGCUGUUAAAGCCUCAAAAGUUGCAGGAAGUCGUCAGAAAGUGAAAGUUAAAAGUGGCAGACAGAAGAGGAAGGCUGAAGCUGUGGAGCAGAAACGUAAAGGGCCAGACCGUCAUCUUCAGCCUGAUCCUAGGAUUCGAGUGCUGGACAAGGAGCCAUUCUUUGAAACAAAGGAGAAGCUUCCAUUCAUAUCAAAACAGGUGGAAGGUAAACUUGCCAUCAGAGCUGUGCUCGUGAAUGAUAUGGUUUUACUGAAGUCCCUCAAAGAUGAUCACAACAAAGUGUACACAUUGGACUGUCCGCGGUCUGUAGCUAACCCUAACACAGCCCUGCACUAUGCCCUGGAGAGGGAAAACAAGGAGGCUCUACAGCUGCUGGUACACGAUUACUUCUCCCCUAACAAUGAGCGCAUCAAGAAGGGCAAACAACAGUCUGUGCUGCUAGACACACAGGGAACUGGACGGUAUAACUAUCGCUCCCUGGGUGUACAGCACAUUCAGUCUUUGACCAUGGGUAGAGGCAGUCGGGAGGGUAACAAUGCAUUCACGAAGGAUUUGAAUGACAUGCGAGGUAACAGUGGGCUGGACUAUCUGAAAUACCUGGAUGCAGCACUCAAACUUGGUGUCAGUAUACAGAUGUUACACAACCUGGUGGCGGCAAACAAAACCACAUCCAAGGAUGAACUAAUGUCCAGUGUGUACUGUAAGAUCCACCUGGCAGUGUUACAUGGUCACAGGAAGCUGGCUGGAAAGCUUGUGGAGGAGGCGGAGAAGCUGGGCGGAUUUGGCUUCAACUUCCUACACAAAGAGGUUCUGUGUUUUGAGAAGGAGGAUCUUAGAGCCUCUCUCCAUCCUGCCUCAGUCAAAAAGAAACCACUAGAAAACUUUGGGAUGACGCCCCUUCAUUGUGCAGCUAUAAACCCCAACAUCAAGUAUUUGAGCCGUCUGUUGUCUGCAGAGCCGGACUAUAACCUGCCAGACAAGGCUCAGCGACGCCCUAUACACUACGCCUCUGUCUGUAAGGGCAGCGGUCCCCUGGAGUACCUGUUGGGCAGAGGUGCCAGUCCCCAUGAGUCUGACACUCAGGGUAUGACCCCCCUACACUUUGCCUGUCAGGCCGGCAGGGUGGCUAAUGUGGAGAUUCUACUGAAGAAAGCAAAGAGUAGUGGGAGUGGGGAGUCUGAUUUCUUUGUUCAGAAGUAUGGUAUUGGUGGAAUGAAUCGCCCCAACAGGGCCUCCCUCUGCCCUAUACACAUUGCCGUGGAGAAGGGAUAUGUGGAAGUGGUACGCUGUCUGAUCAAGUACAAAGUAGAGAUCAACAAACCUGUGUCGGCUGGGAAAGAAAAGUUGACCCCUCUGAUGAUGGCUGCCUGCAGAGGUCAUCUGGAUAUAGUGAGGAUACUUGUGGAAAGUAGUGCCACAAUAGAGCAAGCUGACAAGAUGAAGCGCACAGCUCUGAUUCACGCGGUGAUGAAUGGCAAUGCACACAUUGCGUCUUACCUGCUGCGGAUGGGUGCUGACGCCAAUCGUAUUGACUCCUCCGGGAACUCUGUAGUGCACUAUGCCGCAGCCUAUGGGUGGUACUUUUGUGUGAAACUACUGUUAGAGAAUGCCAACGCUGACCCAAACAAAGAAAAUGACUGGAAGGUGACCCCCGUGGCUAUUGCUUUCCUGAAGGGCCACCUCGGGCUGGUGGAUUACCUGCUGGGCAGACCAGGUGUGGACAUAAACUUCAAAGAUGAUAAAGGCAUGACACUCGUGUCAAUCGCGGCUGCUAGCCCCCUGGUACCCGGGCUGUAUGAACAGCUGAAGUUUCUGAUAGUGGACAAAGGUGCAGAUACGACAUCCACAGAUAUCAAUGGAUAUACAGCUCUCCAUUUUCUGAGCCAGAAUAAUGUGAAAACCACUGGAACAAGAUGGUCACCGCAGCUUAGUGCAGAGGCCAUGGAAAUCAGUGUGAAGAUAGGGGAGCUGUUGAUAGACAAUGGCUGUGAUCCCACUGCUCGGACAGGCGAUGGACAGACGGCUCUCAUGCUGGCUGUUGAACAGGCUAAUGUGCCCCUGGUGAAGCUAUUACUGAGGAAGGGUGGGGUUGUGUCUGAGGAGAGGAAUAAGGAAGGGAAGACAUUACUACACCUGAUGGCUGAGCAGUGCAUGGACGCUGGCAUGGCGCCACUUCUCAACCUACUGGCAGAGCAGAAAAUUGGUGUGGUUAAACCCAAGUCACAGACAAGCAGUGAUUCAAAAGUUGCAACAGUCAAUGGAAAGAAAGAGGAGGUGCAGAAGAUGGGGAAGUCUGACACGCCAAAUCACACAGGCGAUGGUCCUAAGGCCAUGGAAGUGGACAAACCAGCCACUAGUAACGGGGAGAAGAUGGACACCUCAGAAAACUCUGUCAGCAAGGCUGGGGAUGCUGUGGAAAAGGUCAAAGACAGCUCUGUAAAAGCUGAGGACAAAACUUUAAAAGCUGGAGAUGAUGACAAGCCCGUGGACUUAGCAGUAAAGGCUUCUGAUUCAUCGGUGAAAUCUGGAGAUUCAGCUGUCAAGUCUGGAGAUUCAACAGCCAAAUCUGAGAACAGCUCAGAACAUAAAUCUGACCUGACAAACAAUGUGACAGGUAAAAGUGAGGAUGUGGAUGAUAAAGUUCCUCAGAUUGCCCGUUUUGAGGCACUAAAGGACAAAAGUGUCAGGGAAAAGAAAGAGGAGGCUAAGGAAAUCAAAACCGAAACUGGAAAGUCUGUGCUGGAAAAAUUAUCGAAAGUGUUUGACAACGACGGGUUUACCCCAUUGCUACGAGCUUGCCAAAAAUAUAAAGGAUUUUCAGCAACGUUGAAACAGUCCAGAAACACUGUCACAGAACAGUCUGCCAAAGUGACACUUGAAGAAGGAAAGCAGUUUCUACAGUCCUUGUUAGAAGUCACAAAACCUGAUGUGAAUGUGACAGUCCAGAAGAAAAAGUUUACAGGGGAGGUUCCUGAUAAUGAGGAAGACCAGUAUGUGGAGGAAGCUGGUAAAUGCUGCGCCCUUCAUUUCUUGGCCGAGACCUGUGACUUAAACGGUAGUCAGGCCAUGAAGCUACUGUUAAAGUUCUCCCCCAAACUCGAGGUGGUCAACAUAGAGGGCGCCACUCCAUUAGUAGCUGCUAUACGAGCAAAUUGUGACCAGGCAGCAGAAUUGUUGCUGGAAGCUGGUGCCAACCCCAAUGUUACAUUCAGGCCAGAUAAGACAAAGAAGGACAAAGUUCUCACACCCAUACUGAUGGCUGCCAGCUGCUCUGAGACGUCGGUGUCCUUGCUGAGAAAGCUGGCAUCAUGCGGCGCUAAUGUAAACAGCUCCACCUCUGAGAAUGGCUUUACGCCACUACAUUAUGUAGUACAUAACAAAGGAAAUGUGGCCAAGAAGCUGGAAAAGUUAAAGAUUUUGCUGGGUAAGGGAGCCAACAUCAGCGCUCAGGACAAAGAUGGAAUGACGGUUCUUCAUGCAGCCGUACAGAUGAAUACUGGCAAGUCAGACGCCAGUCUAGAGCUUGAAGAGUUCCUCAUAGAAAAGGGAGCUAACUUGUUUGCAAGGGAUAAACAUGACCGGCUCCCACUUCAUUAUGUAUUUGUGAAAAACGGAAGCUGUGAGGACACAAGUUGUCUGGACCCAGUGGAGCUGACCAGUGUGUUGACCUCAGCCAUGCAUGGCCGUCAGCUGGACGAGCGGGACAGUCAGGGCCAGACCGCUCUGCACAGAGCUGCCAUCAGGGGUGCGGCCAUCUGUUGUAUGCACUUACUCCAGAGGAAAGCUGAUAUUAAUCUGAAGGACAAGGAUGGGAAUACCCCUCUCUCAUUGGCAGUCCUCAAUAAACAUGACAGCUGUGCCAUCAUGCUGAUACAAAAAGGAGCUAGUGUCAAAUGUAACAUUGUCGUCCCCCCUCCUAACCCGCCAGAAAAAGGAGACAAGGCCCCCGUAAUGAAAUGGCGACCAUUACGUGAAACAGAAAAGGAAGAGAAAAAGGAAUACUCAAUAUUUCAGGGAGCUAUUGAGGCUGAGUUAGAAGGUGUGGCUCACAUGAUGUUAGACGUUGCCACAGAUGCAAAUAAACUGGAAAGGACGACAGCUGUUGAGGCUGCAUUGAGUGUGAACAAGUUUUAUGUGGCACUGCGUUUGAUGAAGCGCAUACGAGAACCAUCCCAGCUUCAGGCCACAAACGCUGAGGGCAGAACACUGCUCCACACGUUGGCACUCAAGUCCAGCCCUGUCAAAGACACUGAGCUUCAGCUCCAGAUUGCUGAGAUGCUACUAAAGAGCGGUGUAUCCGCCUCGAGGACUGACAAACACGGCUGCACACCUCUCAUCUACGCUGGUCUCCAGCAUCAUUAUAAACUUGGACACUUCAUCCUAGAGAAAUGCCAUGAUGUUAAGCCUGAACAGGUGGACAAGUUUGGGCGUAAUGCCAUGGCAGCUACCUUCUGGAACAUCCAGGACCUGAAUGGAGGUCAGCCCGAAGUCAGAGACUGGAUUGAAGCCCUACGGAGACGUGGCUGUAAAAUUGACCUCCUGUCUGACUACCCCACACCGGACCCUCUGCUGUUUGGUUACAUGUCCCUUGCUAAGGGAGAGUAUGAUUACUUUGUGAAGCAUUCAGACACAAAGUUGUCUCCCCUGAUCCUGGCCAUCAACAGUUCUGAGUUUGAUCUGGUACAGUUUAUGCUCAAACAUGGAGCAUCUCCCAGCUUCUGUGACAGUCAUGGCCUGACACCGCUCAUGCAUGCUGUAAAAAUGAAUGACGUGCUAAUGGUGAAACUGUUACUCAACCAUAACUUUGACCCGGAAAAUGUUGCCACUAAAGUGACUGGUCAAGCCAAGUUGACACGGAAAAUGUCCCGCCAGCUAUUCACAAUCAGCGCCCUGGCGACCUCAUCGGAGCAGGAGAUGCCCGAGUUAGAGAAGGAAGAGAAAUCUGAUGGGAAUAAGUCUGAUGGAGGUGACACAGAUGUCCUGAGUGAUAACAACUCUGACAGUGGAGACAAAAUUGAAGAGGAAGAGGAAGAUUUUGAGAACUUUUCUGAUGAGGCCCUGAGCAACGAAUCAGAUGAAGACUCUGAUAAAACGAAAAGUAAACCAAAAAAACUGAAAGUGAAACAGAGGAAGAAGUUGCCAGCCAUUAUACAAAAGCUUAUGAAACGCCAGCGCGAGAGGCGUGACUACAAGGCUGUGGAGAAGACAAGCACCAUUAAUCUGUCUGCCACAGAUCGUCAGGGCUGGACAGCCAUCCACCACCUAGUCUGUCCACUAGAACUUGGCACCUAUGACAAUGAGGAGAUCCUCUACGUACUGGCUAAGGCAGGUGCCCCUCUACUACAGAAGGACAGCGCCGGCCUCACCCCGCUUGAUCACGCCCUAAUCCGGGGGGCACCCAGAAUCACUAGGAUGCUUCAGGAGUUGACGGGAGUGGACAAAACAAAGCUGGAGAAGCCGAUAUUCCCCACUCGGGAUGUGUGUGAUGGACUGAAGCUGGACUUUCCCACGCCUGACGUUGACAAAGACAGCGAGAAGUACUUGGGUCAGCAAUCUAAGCAAGAAGCCAUGGAGACCAACAGCACGCCAGACACUGUGGCUGUGCCUGACCACAGGUGUAACAUUAAAGAUACCGGUGAAGUGGCCACAGACAGUCAACAAAACAUUCCCUAUGAUGUCCUCCUUUCCAAGGUGGAUGUCUCCAGCGGUCCCUUUGGAACAUUCAACUAUUACAAAAUGCAGAUUGUCCGCCAGAAAGGUAAAAAGAUUUAUGUGUUAUUCAACUGUUGGGGUCGGAUAGGAGACUAUGGCCAGUUCCAGCACACACCAUUUACCUCCCUUGAGGAUGCUGCCAAGGAAUUCUGUAAGGUAUUCAAGUCCAAGACAGGCAACGAAUGGGCCAAUUUCAAAAAUUUCUCUGCCAUACCCAAGAAAUACCGAAUAGUUCCUGUAGAACAGAGAAGACGUGGCCCAAAACAAGAGGGCAUUUCUGUGGACCUCAACCUCAACUUACCUUCUCGUCUCCCACCUCACCUACAGAAUCUCCUCAAACUCAUGUCCAACUCUAGACUGAUAGAAGCUGCUCUGUCUGUCAGUGGAUUCGAUGUUGAUCUCUUCCCUCUCGGAAAAAUAAAGCGCAGUGCACUUCUGGAGGCCAGAGAUAUCCUGCAACAAAUAGCGAGUUUGAUCCGUCUGAAUGAGGACAUAGGCCACUCCACCAUAGAGGAUCAGUAUCAGCACAACAUGGAGAAGAUUUUCAGUCUGAGCAAUGAGUAUUAUCACAGCGUCCCCCGAAGCGGCUUGGAGUUUGAAAGACUUCAUCCUAUUGUAUCGGAUGAAGAUCUGGCCAAUGAACUUCAGUUGUUAAAUAACUUGUUAGACUACGAAAGGGCAUCAAGAAUACUUCUAGGAGCACAGUUCAGGAGCAAAGAUAUCAACCCUCUGGAUUACAUAUACAGAGCCCUGGGGUGUCAAUUGCAGCUCAUGUCAGAAAGGGAAGUGGAGACCCAAUACAUCCUCAAAUAUAUCUACAAUUCCUGUCCAUGCUGUAAAGUUGAGGCAGUGUAUCGUGUAUCGCGACCUGGGGAAGAAGCGGCUGUGCGUGCCCUGAACCUGGAUAAUCACAUGUUGUUAUGGCAUGGCAGUGGAUUGGCAAACUUCCUGAGUAUCUUGAAUCGUGGGUUGUUAAUAGCUCCACCAGAGGCCCCAAUUGCAGGACAUACCUUUGGAAAAGGAAUAUAUUUUUCAAAUUCAUUUGACAAAUCUCGACAUUACUGCGACAGAUAUGAGAACCAAACAAGCAACCUGAUGUUACUGUCUGAGGUCGCGCUGGGUAAAAUCAAAGAGACAGAGGACCUCGGGGAGCCAGUAAUGCACUCAGACAGCAAACACAACAGCGUGGCGGGACUUGGCCAGAAGAUACCUGACGACACGUUUGAUGUUGUCUUACCCUAUGGUUCAGUGAUACCGCUGGGACCUCUCCUGACACGCCCCUCAGCGCAUCACUACCUAGACCUGGAGUAUAAUGAGUAUGUGGUUCACGACCCCUCACAGAUUUGUCUACGCUAUCUUGUUCAGUUCCGAUAGUAAAACCCACAUCAGUCUAUUGGUCGGUUUCGUCUGUAAACUAUUC